AUGGUGGUGAAUAGCCCAGCUCUACCAGAUCUUGUCUCUUCUGGAGCAUUGGGAGUUGUUCUGAGAAUUGCUAAAGAUGACGGCUACACCACCUUCUUUCCGGACACCCAAGUUCCCCUCAGAUAUUUGCUGGGUAGCAAGAUCUACUUGGAAGUGAAAAUAGUAAACCCACCUACUCCAGAGGUGGUGCUGUUGGUGCACUACUGCAUUGCAUAUCCCAGGUCUUCAGAGAAUGUCUGGGUUCUGAUGUACAAUGGCUGUCCAAAUGCCUUGGAUUAUGGCACUGGACUUCAUCUGAAGGAUCACAACUGGCAGCCCGUGCCAAAGCAUACCAGACACAGACAGUUUAUGGAUGCCAAAGAGAAUCUUGUAGAUGAGGAGGACGAUCUGAUCCCAGUUGCAGAUCCACAGCCGCGGAACCAACCUGACAAGGAGGGUUAUCUCUGCCUGAACUGA